GUGGUUCAAGAAGGGAGCACGAGACAGCGCGUGCAUCUCCCGAGUCCAGCGCGAGCGGAGGAAUAUCGCAGUUGUUAUUUAUUCUUCGGCUUGUUGUUCAUUUUCUAUUUUAUGAUUAUAGCACGCUCUCACGUGUGGAGCUUUCCCAACGCAGGAAGUCGCCACAACUUCUUUCUGCAUAGUGACUCUCAUUUUUAAUAAGGAAAUAAGCCUGGCUUUUUUGAUCGUUUUUGGAACUCCCAGUUUCAGAGGGACUUUCUGCCACCAGUUUCUGUCUUCAGGGAUGCGAUGUGAAACAGCAGCGGCAGGCUGAGCACGCACACGCCACGCGCACUCUGAAGCUUAGUCACGGCGGUUUUAAGUGAUGAUGCAGGAAUCGGCCACAGAGACAAUAAGCCACAGUUCAAUGAGUCAGAAUGGAAUGAUCAGUCUGUGCGGCCAAUUAGAUGCGGGCGCUAGAGAUGGAAGAUCAAGUGGUGACACCAGCAGUGAAGUAAGCACAGUCGAGCUGCUGCAUCUGCGACAACAGCAGGCUCUUCAAGCAGCAAGGCAAUUACUCUUACAGCAGCAGAGCAGCGGCCUGAAGUCUCCAAAGAACAACGACAAACAGCAUCCGCUGCAGGUGCCCUCGGUGGCGGCCAUGAUGAGUCCCCAGGUCAUGACCCCGCAGCAGAUGCAGCAGAUCCUCCAGCAGCAGGUGCUCUCCCCCCAGCAGCUGCAGGCCCUGAUCCAGCAGCAGCAGGCCGUCAUGCUGCAGCAGCAACAUCUACAGGAGUUUUAUAAGAAGCAGCAGGAGCAGCUCCACCUGCAGCUACUGCAGCAGCAGCACCCGGGCAAGCAGGCCAAAGAGGUACGGCUCCAGCAGCAGCAGCAGCUGGCCGCCCAGCAGCUCGUCUUCCAGCAGCAGCUCCUGCAGAUGCAGCAGCUCCAGCAGCAGCAGCAGCUCCUCAGCCUGCAGAGGCAGGGCCUCAUGUCCCUGCCCCCCAGCCAGGCCGCCCUGCCUGGCCAGGCGCUCCCGCAAGCUGGCCUGAGCCCCGCGGAUAUCCAGCAGUUAUGGAGAGACGUGACCGGGACCCCAAACAUGGAUGACGGCAGCAGCAAACCCAGCGGGUUGGACCUCACUACGACCAGCUCCUCCUCUACUACCUCCUCCACCACGUCCAAAGCCUCGCCUCCCAUUACCCAUCAUUCCAUAGUGAACGGCCAGUCGUCGGCGCUCAGCGCGAGGAGAGAAAGCUCUCUGCACGAGGAGCCCGGGGCCUCACACCUGUUGUACGGACACGGAGUCUGCAAGUGGCCGGGCUGCGAAAGCAUCUGCGAAGAUUUCGGACAGUUUCUCAAGCACCUUAACAGCGAGCAUGCGCUGGAUGACAGGAGCACCGCCCAGUGUCGGGUUCAGAUGCAGGUGGUGCAGCAGCUGGAGAUCCAGCUCUCUAAAGAACGCGAGCGUCUCCAGGCCAUGAUGACCCACUUGCACAUGCGACCCUCAGAGUCCAAGGCGUCUCCCAAACCGCUCAAUUUGGUGUCGAACGUCACCAUGUCAAAGAACCUGCCGUCGGUGUCCCCCCCAAACUUACCUCACACCCCCACCACGCCGACGGCCCCGGUCACCCCUCUGUCCCAGGUGCCCUCGGUCCUGAGUCCCGCCAGCGUGCCCAGCGCGGGGGCCAUCCGGAGACGCCACUCAGACAAGUACUCCAUCAGCAUGGGCUCAGAGAUCGCCCCAAAUUAUGAGUUCUAUAAGAAUGCAGAUGUCAGGCCUCCGUUUACUUAUGCAACUCUCAUAAGGCAGGCUAUCUUGGAAGCGUCUGACGGCCAGUUAACGCUCAACGAAAUCUACAGCUGGUUCACGCGGACGUUUGCCUACUUCAGACGCAACGCGGCCACUUGGAAGAACGCGGUGCGCCACAACCUCAGUCUGCACAAGUGCUUCGUCCGGGUGGAGAACGUGAAGGGCGCCGUGUGGACCGUGGACGAAAUAGAAUACCAAAAGAGGCGGUCGCAGAAGUUAACGGGAAGUCCAACGCUUGUCAAAAACCUACCGUCGAGUCUGGGUUACGGAACAGCUCUUAAUGCGAGCCUACAGGCGGCUCUGGCAGAGACUAGCUUACCCUUCCUGGGCAGCUCGGGUCCGUUGAGCAGCAGCUCGGCGGGGCUGAUGGGCAGUAACUCCAUAGGGCUGCUGCAGGCCUCUCCCGACGACCUCAACGGCUGUCUGGACCACCUGGAUACCAACGGCCACAGCAGUCCGUGCUACUCUCCGCAGACUCACAUGCCACCGAUCCACGUCAAGGAGGAACCGCUGAACUUGGAUGACGACGAGUGUCCGAUGUCCUUGACAGCAGCCAAUCACAGUCCAGAGCUGGAUGAGGACAGAGAGCUGGAGGAAGGGAACUUAUCGGAGGACCUGGAAUGAUGGGUUCCGGACAGACUGCAGCCACAGGGUGGACACACAGACCUCCACAGACGCCCCGCUACCCACUACACCUGGCAGGCAUUUACUGUUCCUCUUUAUUGAGCAUGCUUCAAGGAGACCGCCUGAAGGAACUCUUUCUUACAGCCCUUUGGGAACCAGAAAUGACAGGCAUAAAAUGCUUGGUUUUUAACUUACAAAGACUUAUUUCCUUAUAAACUCAAAUGGCUCGGCCACGUACAAGACAAAAGGAAAAGAACAGAAGAUUUGGCUAACAUGGCUCCUGGCCUGAAGGAAAAGGAGGAAGUGUGAUCUGUCGAAAGCUAAUGCCCUCAUAUACUGCCAAAAAUACUUUUACUUUCAUUCAGUGUCAAUUUCCAACCUUCAGUAGUUGUUGAUAUUACAGACAAUUGCUGGUCCAAAUCAAGUUGUUGCUCUUUAAUCAUUUGCACAGACGUAGUGUCAGAUAUUAGUGUCACAGUCAGUAUGUAACUGAAAUUUAAUGACUGGUAUUUUUUUAUCUUCAUUAAAUUAUAAUUUUAGCACUACCAACUGUAAAUGACAUCCGUUUAGUUCCCAAUAUCAGAACCACGUUAUCAACUGUUGCAGCUGUCUAAAGCUUCCAGUCUCUCUGUAUAUGCUGAAAAGUGACGUGCGAUAUUAAGUUGAAACUGUUUGUGCAAGCACCAUAGUGGGGAAAAAAAUGCAUUUCUGCAUAAUCUAUUACUGUUCUCUUUACCUCCUCGUUCUAAAGCUUUGUCUACCUGCAAACAGUCAAAGGCAACAGCUAGAAACCAAAGCCAACUCUUUCAGUGGCCAAUAGCUCGGACAGAAGCAGCCAGGCUCGUCGCUCAGUCGGUCGGUGGGUCUUGCUAUUCUCAUUAGCGCAAAGGAAGCGUACCGUGAACUACCUUCUGAUAACCUCUGGGAUUCCUUCAUCUAGCCCUGUACAAAAUAAUUGAUGUGUAAUUUGAUAACCCAUCCAGCACCCACCUGGAGGGAGGAGACAGGCCUGCCGGCGCGUCAGGCGGGAGGGGGGGAUGCGGGACGCGAACCAACACGCAGGCGGUGGAACCGGUAGGGAGCAGCUGCUUGCGGAUCGUGAGCAACUCUGACCAAAACAACGUUUGUGUGCUUAACCGAAGUGCAGAACAUGUAUUGCUGUACGACACUUUUUUUUUUUUUUUGCUUUUGAUUCACA